AUGGCCGCUCGUCAUUCGCGCAAGUUUCUGCGACCUUUGCUCUACACUUCGGCGGCUGCGGCCGCCGGAGCGGGAGUCCUGUACAUCUCCUACCGCCCGCGCAACAUUCCCGGUCUCGAAGCUCCCGCAGUGCCCCCGCCCGGCUACCGGGAAGGCAAACUGGUGCCGCCCGUCUUCCCCGUCAUCAAGUCCCGCCUCGAGCAGAUCCAGGACUUGAAGCGGAGCCAGACCGAGGAGGAGUACGACCUGUUGGUCAUUGGAGGUGGUGCGACAGGUGCCGGUAUUGCCUUGGAUGCCGCCACCCGCGGUUUGAAGGUCGCCGUGGUUGAGCGUGAUGAUUUCAGUGCCGGUACCAGCAGCAAGAGUACCAAGUUGGUGCACGGUGGUGUGCGCUAUUUGGAGAAAGCGGUGUGGGAAUUGGACUACAAUCAGUAUAAGUUGGUGAAGGAAGCUCUUCGUGAGCGCAAAUAUUUCUUGAAUACUGCUCCUCACCUUUCGCAAUGGCUUCCCAUCAUGGUCCCCCUGCAGAAAUUGUGGCAGGCUCCCUAUUUCUGGGCUGGUUGCAAGGCCUAUGACUUCCUGGCUGGUUCGGAAGGCAUUGAGAGCUCGUAUUUCUUGACGAAGAGCAAGGCGAUUGAUGCCUUCCCCAUGCUGAAGCGCGAAAAUGUGAUCGGUGCUAUGGUUUACUACGAUGGCGCACACAAUGACUCCCGGAUGAACGUUUCGCUCGCCAUGACGGCUGCUCUUUAUGGUAGUACUGUCGUGAACCACAUGGAAGUUACCGGGUUGACCAAGGAUGCCAACGGCAAGCUGUGCGGUGCGCGCAUGAAGGAUGUGAUCCCUUCCAAGGAUGGCGAGGAGACUGAGGAAUUCAGCAUCCGCGCCAAGGGUAUCAUCAACGCCACUGGUCCCUUCACUGACUCCAUCCGCAAGAUGGACGAGCCUGACACCAAGGAAAUCGUGGCUCCCAGUUCCGGUGUCCACGUCAUUCUGCCUGGAUACUAUAGUCCUUCGAACAUGGGCCUAAUCGACCCCUCUACCUCUGACGGCCGUGUCAUCUUCUUCCUUCCCUGGCAGGGUAACACUAUUGCCGGUACCACCGAUGCGCCCACCGAAAUCACUCAGCAACCCGAGCCCUCUGAGCAGGACAUCAACUGGAUUCUGUCGGAGAUUCGUGGGUACCUCGCUCCGGACAUCACCGUCAAUCGUAGCGACGUUCUGGCUGCCUGGUCGGGCAUUCGUCCUCUGGUGCGCGAUCCUAACAAGACCAGCUCCCAGGCCCUCGUUCGCAACCACCUGAUCUCCGUCUCGCCCUCGGGCUUGUUGACCUGUGCCGGUGGCAAGUGGACCACCUACCGUCAGAUGGCCGAGGAGGCCGUAGAUGAAGCUAUCAGCCAGUUCAACUUGAAGCCUCGAGAGGUCAAGAACCUUCCGGAUAUCAGUGGUGUCGGUGGCAGCGGCCUGGUGGCCGAUGGUGCCACCCUGGACGGUUCCUGCCAGACUCACCAGGUUCGCCUGAUUGGUGCUCACGGUUUCUCCAAGACUCUCUUCAUCAACCUGAUUCAGCACUUCGGUCUCGAGACUGAUGUCGCUCAGCACCUCACCAUCUCGUACGGUGACCGUGCGUGGCAGGUAGCCGCCCUGUCGGCUCCGACCAAUGCUCGCUUCCCCGUGCGUGGCUGCCGUAUUUCCCCCAUGUACCCCUUCGUUGACGGUGAGGUCCGCUACGCCGUCCGCCACGAGUAUGCUCAGACCGCCGUCGACGUGAUCGCCCGCCGCACUCGUCUGGCCUUUUUGAACGCCGAGGCUGCCUUGGAAGCGCUUCCCAGCGUGAUUGACCUGAUGGGCGAGGAGCUGAACUGGUCCAGCCACCGCAAGGACACGGAAUGGAAGGAUUCGGUCAAGUACCUCUCUUCGAUGGGUCUCCCCAAGAGCCUGCUCGGAAUGUCUCGACAAGAAGUCGUGAAUGGGCGCGUCAGGGAUGUCGAUGCGCAUGAGCGCAAGACUUUCUCCCGCACUGACCCGCCGGCGGAUAUUCUCGAGGGCGAAUCCAUUGCCCAACCGGCUGCAGCUCCGGCCAGUUAG